AAUGCCUCAGGAACACAGAGUGCUCUCAGCUCUGACGGGACGUCAUUUUUGACUGGUAGGAGUGGUCCUGUCCACAGGGGAAUGUGCACCAUGCAGGUGGAUGCUGUCCUUGUGCUGAUCUGUGUUUGGCUGGUGGGUGCAGCUGGGAAAUCAGCCCAGCCCAGGGGUCACAAGCUGGAGACCUACAAACAAAGCAGGUCCAGAAGAGAUACAUCAAAAAUGGAUGGGGGCGGAGGGCACAAAUCUGGAAGCCCCAUCUUUAAAAGAAGUCCAGACAUGACAAAAUCGCCAAUGACAAAAUCUGAGCAGCUUCUAAGAAUAGACGACCACGAUUUCACCAUGAGGCCAGCAUUUGGAGGUCCUCCAAUUCCAGUGGGGGUAGACGUUCAGGUUGAAAGUCUGGACACGAUCUCUGAGGUGGAUAUGGACUUCACGAUGACGCUAUAUCUGCGUCACUACUGGAAGGAUGAGCGGUUGGCAUUCCCCAGCACCAACAACCAAAGCAUGACCUUCGACAGUCGCCUGGUAAAGAAGAUCUGGGUUCCUGACAUGUUCUUCGUCCACUCCAAGAGAUCUUUUAUCCACGACACCACCACGGACAACGUGAUGCUGAGGGUCUACCCUGAUGGCAACGUGCUCUACAGUCUCAGAGUCACUGUCACCGCCAUGUGCAAUAUGGACCUUAGCCGCUUCCCUCUUGACACACAGACCUGCUCACUGGAGAUUGAGAGCUAUGCAUACACAGAUGACGACUUAAUGCUGUAUUGGAAGAAAGGCAAUGAGUCGCUGAACACUGACGAUAGGAUAUCUCUAUCCCAGUUCCUCAUCCAGAAGUUUCACACCACCACUAAGCUGGCAUUCUACAGCAGUACAGGCUGGUACAACCGCCUGUACAUCCACUUCACCCUGCGGCGCCACAUCUUCUUCUUCCUGUUGCAGACCUACUUCCCUGCCACUUUGAUGGUCAUGCUGUCCUGGGUUUCCUUCUGGAUUGAUCGCAGGGCUGUCCCCGCCAGGGUCCCUUUAGGCAUCACCACGGUGCUGACCAUGUCCACUAUCAUCACUGGGGUCAAUGCCUCAAUGCCCCGAGUGUCCUACAUCAAGGCGGUGGACAUCUACCUUUGGGUCAGUUUUGUCUUUGUCUUCCUGUCUGUGAUAGAAUACGCGGCGGUCAACUACCUCUCCACCGUACAGGAAAGGAAAGAGAGGAAGCUCAGGGAGAGACUGCCCUGCACCUGUGGCAUUGGCAAUCCCGACGAGAUGAUGAUUGACCCCCAGAUUACAGGAUACGGCACCAUGGACGUGAACACGACGGGGAAUUAUGGGAUGCCCGAGAACGGUGGCCGCCAGGAGCGGAUGCUGGCUCAGGUAGCACUCAAUGACCCCCAUCUUGCCGGCCAGGUGAAGCCAUCCAGGGGCUACGUAAACAUCUGGAUAGAUACCCACGCUAUAGACAAGUACUCACGGGUUGUCUUUCCUGGGGCUUAUGUUCUCUUUAAUAUCAUCUACUGGUCCAUCUACUCAUAACAAUGGGGUCAUGAGUCCUUCACCUUGGACAGCAAUGGGGGGAGGGGAGGUGUCGCUAUCUGUCUUUCCUGGACACCGCAAUGCCCAACCGGACUCCAAUAACUUGGUCCAUGAGGAGAGGAUGACAAGAGACAUUGACACUGUCUGUGAUGUUUCUCUGAGGAAGUAAAAAAAAGCAAAAAACAAGAAAACAAAUCUGCUCAUUAGAUGCAAGAGGACCACUGCCUUUGGGACCCAGCCUCUUAAAACUUAUGCGUUUUGAAGAAUAAUCUUUAAUAAUGCUAUCAAGAUGACUGCCUACACGUUGGGUUUUUAGACAUCCCCAUCAGAAUAGUUAUGGUUGUACAAACUAAGACUGAGUUAGAGACACUUCAAUAUUGUUAUUGCCAACUAUUCAGAAAGGCUGAAGACGAACAUGGAAACUUGCAU